AUGUUGCAGCGUGCACUUGCUGGGGCUCUUCUGCUCGCGGUGGCAACUACUCUUUGUGGCUGUGGCGAAGAAGUGGUUCACCCAGAGUGCUCGACCUUCGAUAAGAACGGCGUGGCGCCAGUGACCGACGCGACGACGUGUCGUACCGCCUGCCGGACCGCCGAAGGGCUCCGCGAGAUCAACGGUCAGCUCCAGGACUGGAAAGGCAGCUCUGGCUCGGGAAAGUGUGAGUGCGUCACCGAUGCGAAUGGCAAUCGGAGGACGGCGUGCCAGGACAGUGGCUACUCAGCAUGA